AUGGACUACGAGGCAGAACGGAUCACAGAAGCACAAACCAAAGACAGAGUAACUUUAAUGACUGUCGAGAGAAUCAUGAAUCUCGUCGAUAUGAGUGUCGCUGCCAAUGCGGAAAUUCAACCUGUUGGUCAAGCCUCGAUUACUACUAUUCAGAGAGCGAUGAUUCUUUGCACUCAGGGCCCAGCAAUCAACACCAGGAACGCAAUCAUGACUCCGACGUAA